CUUCUAUUUUUUUUUAUUAACUUGGAAAACAUCCAUCAAUUUGCCCUAUUUUCUGCGAUAUAAUUUUAAGGUGGAGAAAGAAGAAGAUGGAUGCUAGAGAGGAUACAGAAAUGGCGGCAAAGGAAGUCUUUAAAGCCGCUGAAAUUGGCGACACUUCAGUCUUCAAAUCUUUCUCCGACGAUAAACUCUCUAAAUUUCUCUCUCUUCGAAACGACGACGGUCGUUCUCUUCUCCACGUCGCCGCUUCUUCGACUCACUCCGAGGUGGUGGAAAUUUUAGCAGAAGCUGAUUCGACAAAGAAGGUGAUUAAUAGUAAGGAUGAAGAAGGUUGGGCCCCACUUCAUUCUGCUUCCAGCAUUGGCCAUCUCGAUACUGUCUCAACUCUCCUCAAUAAAGGAGCUGAUGUUAACUUGAAAAAUGAUGGUGGCCGAACUGCUCUUCACUAUGCUGCUAGCAAGGGAUGGGUGAAAAUUGCUGAAAUGUUGCUUGCUCAUGGUGCAAACAUCAAUGCAAAGGACAAGGUUGGAUGCACGCCACUGCAUCGUGCAGCUAGCACAGGGAACGCAGAGUUGUGUGAGUUUCUCAUUGAAGAGGGGGCUGAGAUUGAUGCCAUUGACAGAGCUGGUGAGACUCCUCUUAUGACUGCCGUCAUAUGUGAAAACAGACAGGUUGCCCUUCUUCUAGUCAGACAUGGAGCAGACGUGGAUAUCGAAGACAAGGAAGGUUAUACAGUCCUAGGUCGUGCUCCAAAGGAUCUUAGAGAUGUUAUUAUUGAUGCUGCAAGUGCCAUGAUGGAAGGCUAAACCAAAAUGACGCACUCUCUAUUUUGGGGAAAGAGACUACCUAUGUAAUUUUACAUCAAAUGUUCACAUACUAUUGUAAAUGAUGUUAGAUAUCCAAAUGCAGUGCUAGAUUUUUUUUU